AGAUAAGAUAGGGCGCUUGCAUACCUCAGCUUUCGAGUGGCGACUACUGGGUGCACAAGCGCACGCAGUCCCAUGGCCACCGCAGCGCCCCCAGCAGCCCCCUACGACGAUGGGAGCUCUACUGAGAGCGAGUACUACUUCGAUCCUAGAGAAGAGGCCGAGGAGGCGGCGGCGUAUGCGUGGACACAUGAGCAUGAUGCGCCAAAGAUGCAGGAGCCAAUAAAUCACGGUAAUGAGGACAAUACUGUGAUAAAACAAGAGUACCGUGAGUAUGGGCAGUUGCAACAAGAUGUAGAGAAGAUAACAUUGCCACAAGGCAGCGAGUGGAGCCACGGAGCGGCGUCGACUACGGUGUACGACAAUGCCGUACAGCAAGCACUAGCAAUGGCACAGAAUCUGACGGAAGCUCAGCGAGAAGAACCGUUGACGGAUGAUACAAUGAACAGCAAUGCGUCACCUAGGGAUCACAAGGAGGAAAUUCAAGAAAAACAGGAGAAAGUUGUGGUAGUAUGGAAAAAGAAAGAGGUGAAGGCCAAGCCUAAGCUCGUCUCGCUAAAGAAAGUGAAGACUCCAGCGUCUCCAGCUUCAAUGACGAAGGCGGUGGCUGUGGGACUAAGACGCUCACCUAGUAAAGUGGAAGGAGUGUCGAGUGAGGUACAAAAGGAGCUGUCAGUGUCGCGACCUAAAUGGAAAUCUACAGAGAGUCAAACAUCGAGUCACAAGGCAAGUCCGAGACAUAACAAGGUGGCACAAUCAAAGGUAAAUGACGAGAAGAAAGCAAUUCGAAAAGAAGGAACCAACAAGUCACCGUCGGUGCGUAAAUUCGAGCACGAUAAGGUCUCUUCUAGUCGUCGAACGGAGCACAGCAAGUCACAAACUAAUCGAAAAAGAAGCCGUAGCAGAUCACCAUCAAUUUGUCGGAGAAAGCGAAGCCGGUCGCCAUCGGUACGUCGAAAGAAUCAUAGUAGAUCGCCAAGUCGCCGAACAGUACAUGGCAAUCACGAACGAAGUUUUUCAUCAAGACGUUAUUCUCGGAGAAGUCCAAGCAGAUCGCCUUCAAGUCGUCGGUUUACUGAGAGACGACGGAGAUCCAGAUCGAGAUCACCACGUUCCACAGGAAGGAGAUCGAUUCAAAGCCACAAACAACCUCGUAGCCCUUCACCAGUUCGAUAUCAUUCGAACCGCAGAAGCAGAAGUCGUAGCUGGGAUCGCCAUGAACGCCAUAACAAGAGACCACGUAACGACAGUAGGAGCUAUGACAAGAGAAAAAUGGAGGACCCACGCUGUCCAAGCCAUCGUGAGUAUCGAGAAGUUCAACUGAGUCGAGAUACAAUUCAGCGCCAGGACAGAAAUAACCAUUCCGCCAGAUUACCCAAAGACAUGAACGGCAAAGGUGAAAGAAGCAGCGGUAUGGUUGUUCAGGUUAAUACCAACCGGACCGCUGCCAGGCCACGGCUUCAAGAAGUGGAGCCGAUUCGAUCGAGUCGGCCAGUGGUUCAUAAUGGUGCAUGCAUUUCUGCCAUGUCGAAGACAGUUGAGACUUUGAAAAGAAACCCGAAAGUCCCGCGUAUCACACCUGGAAUUGGUAUGGUUGCUGCAAAUCCAGGCAAAGUCAAAGCGCCCAUACACGGCCACAUUGAACAUCAUGACCCAUUUGAACGCAGAGUUUUCAAGUUAAAGCUACAAGAAGCAGAUAUGGACGAGAAAUUGUCGGGGAAACCUUUAACUGAAGCUGAGAGAGCUUUGUACGAGCGGAGGUUAAACAAAAUUGGGCUGGAGCGAGCACGACUGGAGAACCAGGACUUGGAACGAUUUGAAAAGUUGUAUGCAACGACGAAAGUGACAGACGUGGCUUUGAAGCGAUAUCAGGACAACCGGGACUUUGCGUGGCGAGUAAUGUGCUUCAAGCAGAGGCAGUCAUCACUACAGCAACAAAAAGAGUUGUUUGUGUCCGAGGAAGUGCAAAGGGAGAAGUGGCGUCAACUGGACGAAGACCGAGAGAAACUCAUGGCUGAAAAUGCCUACAUGUUCCACACGGUCAUGAUGAACGAUGAAGAAGAGUUUCAACACAAAGAGAACGCACGACACUCGGGAAAAUGUGCUAUUGGAAAUGGCAAUCAAAGAGAGUUUAAACAUCGUGCAUCCGAGGUCAUCCGGCCGAAUUAUUCUGAUUCUACACGCACUUCGCGUGUUGUUGUUGGCGCUGCUCUGCAACUCCAAGGCGGCAGAGUUCGAAGCAACACGUUUGAUCCACUUCGUGCUCGCCCCAAGAACACGCCAUGGUUUCUAAAAGGUUAAUUAACUACUGUUAAUGUUACUUCUAUGUGGUUAUUGUCAAAGAACGUCGACAGACACAAAAAUGUUAAGAAAAAAACAAUUCUAUUUGGAUUCAAGUGCAACUAGA